AUGGCUAAAAAGGCAUUUGCCAAGGACGGUGUGAACCUGUACCCGGUCUGCCUCCUUUGUUUCAUUGGCUUGAGCUCUCUAUCCUUCUCUUACACGUCUGCGGUUAUCGGAACGCUGCUAGGCCAACCGUCCUUUUUGGAAUAUUUCAGACUGGAGACCGCCUCCAAUGGAACCGACCUCGAGUCCACGAUGAACGGUAUCUACCAAACCGGAGGCGUCAUAGGAAGCCUGCUACUGCCGUGGGUGGCAGACAAGUGGAGAAAUGGUCGCUCACCAUUGUUACCUGCUAUCCUAAUUCUCAUCUCCGGUGCCGUCAUGACGGGAAGCUCGCACGUGGCGGAAUUCAUUGUGUUCCGAUUUUUCGCUGGUGCUGGCGCUUGGAUGGCCGCGGCAGCCUCGCUGCUGAUGAUGAGCGAAUUGGUGCCGGCCAAUCUUCGAGGCAGACUUGUUGAACUCCACGGGAACUUUUUUCAAUGGGGCUACACCUCGUCUGCCUCGAUUGGCUUUGGGUGGCUGGUCCUGCAGGGCCGUGACGACGAAGCAAAGGGGGAUCUCGAGAAAAUACACACCCGCUCAUCAAAGGGGCGCAAUCUUGCCGACGCCGAGCUCCUUCAGAUCCAGAGGCAGGUCAUGAUCGACCGGGAACUGGAUUCUUCCUGGGUCCAACUCUUCAAGAAGCCGUCGUACAGAAAGCGGACAUUCCUUGGGAUCGGAACCACUGGAAUCGUACAAUUUGCUGACUACGGACCCGUGAUCUACGGCCUCCUCGGUUACGACGAGCAGAAGCGACUUCUCUAUCCCGCCAUCUGGGUGACCUUUGGCUUGGGCCUGUUCUUCGUAGCACUGUAUCUUGUCGACCUCUUUCCACGGAACCGACUGUUGGCAUUUGGCAUGUUUGACUGUACAGCUACAUUGGCGGUCGAAGCGGCGCUCAUUGCCAAUUUUGUUCCCUCUACGAAUACCCCCGCCCUGAAAGCCGCGGUCGCAAUGUUUUACAUCUACUAG